CUGGAGAGAGGCGGGGCCUGGGGCUGUCAUGGCGUCCCCCAUAGGCAGGCUUCGGCUGGAAGAACCGUAGUCAGUGACUUUUUGAUGGUUUCCCGUGACAGAGGAUUGGAAUUGACUGUAAUACUGCGCGAACUGCACCAGCAUGGGGACUGUCCACGCCCGGAGCCUGGACCCCCUCCCCAUGGACGGCCCCGACUUCGGGCUGCAGGGGGACGACGCGGAGCUGGUGGAAGUGGAGCCCGAGACGAAGCAGGAGGUGCUGGAGAAUAAAGACGUCGUCGUGCAGCGUGUUCACAUCGAUGGCUUGGGGAGAACUAAAGAGGACCUCCUUGGAUACGAGAUCGCCGAUGUCUUUGGUGCCAGGAACCUCAUCGAUGUCAUGAAGAAAUCCCAUGAGGCCCGAGAGAAGCUGCUGCGCUUGGGGAUCUUCCGACAAGUGGAGGUUGUGAUCGACACCUCUGAAGGAGAGGAUGCCCUGCCCAAUGGGUUAGACGUCACAUUUGAAGUAACAGAGCUGAGAAGGCUCACUGGGAGCUACAACACUAUGGUGGGCAACAAUGAAGGCAGCAUGGUACUUGGGCUUAAACUGCCCAACCUGUUUGGCCGAGCUGAAAAACUGACCUUCCAGUUCUCGUACGGCACCAAGGAGACCUCCUACGGGCUGUCGUUCUUCAAACCUCAGCCUGGGCAGUUCGAACGCAACUUCUCUCUCAACCUGUACAAGGUGACGGGCCAGUUUCCCUGGAGCUCCCUCCGAGAGACCGACCGAGGCAUCUCCACAGAGAUCAAUUUCCCCAUCUGGAGGACCAACCACAGCCUGAAGUGGGAGGGGGUGUGGAGAGAGCUGGGCUGCCUGGCUCGCACGGCCUCCUUCGCUGUCCGAGAGGAAAGUGGCCACUCGCUCAAGUCAUCCCUCUCGGUAAGCAGCUCCUGCUCCGCUGCCGGCUGGGCUUCGGGCGGGACAGCGGACACCGUGAAACAGAGAGAGAGCACAAGAGAGACAGCUGCGUUUUUGUGGUUAAUUUCUUAAAACAUGUACCUCUACACUGGUGUGCUGUACCCCUUUACCAUCCGUACAGAAACUACAAAUGUAGUACAGUUAUACAAUUAUUUCUGCACCCUCGUUAGGUUUUAUUUGGGUGGCCCGACCAGUGUGCGAGGGUUCAGCAUGUACAGCAUCGGACCGCAGAGUGAGGGUGACUACCUGGGGGGGGAGGCGUACUGGGCUGGGGGGGUUCACCUUUACACCCCUCUGCCCUUCCGCCCGGGACGUGGUGGCUUUGGGGACCUCUUCAGAACCCACUUCUUCCUCAACGCGGGGAACCUGUGCAACCUCAACUACGGCGAAGGGCCGCGCGCUCAUCUGCAGAGGCUGGCCGAGUGCAUCCGCUGGUCCUACGGCGCGGGGAUAGUGCUGAGGCUGGGCAACAUCGCCAGGCUGGAGCUGAACUACUGUGUGCCCAUGGGAGCUCAGAGCGGAGACAGGAUAUGCGACGGAGUCCAGUUCGGUGCAGGAAUCCGGUUCCUGUAAGGCUCUUCCCUCCUGUUCUGCGACACUCACCUCCUCCUCUGUACCGCUGUGUGUUAGGAUCAGCUGUUCCAAUCCUGGACAUCGAAGUUUAUUAAAAAAUAAAAAUAAUCCCAAUCCCACCCUGGUCCACGAAA